UCACGUGACUUCGCAGAAAAGGAGCGCCUGCAGAGCGGCACUCGGGUAUCGGACCGCAGCACCACCUCGGUCCGCUUUAGUCCUCUUCAGUCCGCUUUAGUCCUCUUCAGUCCGCUUUAGUCCUCUUCAGUCCGCUUUAGUCCUCUUUAGUCCUCUUCAGUCCGGAGGAAACGAGAGCGAGGCGUCAUGGCAGCGGGGAGAACGAGGUCCACGCGCAGACUGCGCUCGUGGAUCGUCGAACAGGUGAGCAGUGGGAAGUACCCCGGUCUGGUUUGGGACGACGACCCCAGAACGAUGUUCCGCAUCCCGUGGAAACACGCCGGGAAGCAGGACUUCAGGAGGGACGAGGACGCCGCCAUCUUCAAGGCGUGGGCGGAGUUCAAGGGCAAGCCGACGGCCGGCGGCCAGCACAGCCCCGCCUCCUGGAAGACACGCCUCCGCUGCGCCCUCAACAAGAGCCCCGAGUUCACCGAGGUGACGGAGCGGGCGCAGCUGGACAUCUCCGAGCCGUACAAGGUGUACCGGCUGGUGCCCGUCAGCGAGCAGGGCCUCGUGGUUCCUGAGAAGAAACCCAGAGCGAAGGCCCCCAAGAGGCCGAUGAGGAGGAGGAGGAGCAGGAGGAGGAGCAUCAGGAGGAGCAGCAGCGAAUCGGAGAGCAGCGACGUGGAGGUGAAGCAGAUAAAGACGGAGGAGGUCCCCUCACAGCCGGGUGUUGAGGAGGUUCUGCAGUGGCGGGACGCCCCCGUGCCGAUGGAAGAGCCCGCUCAGGCCCCCGCGCCCUCGGACGGGACAGCCGGCCGCCUCUCCCCGUCUGCAGCGGUCAACGAGCUGCAGCUCGACGUGCGCAUCGAGGAGAGCGUCGACGCUCCGGUGGGAGGUCAGGACUCCUUCAGCGUGGCGGUUCACUAUUCAGGCGUCGAGGUCCCGCGUCAGAUUCUCAACGACGACGUCCGCAUCACGUACCUGCCCCCCUCCCACGCCCCGCCCACGCCGGCCGUCACCAAGGACCGCUUCCCCCGCGUCCAGCUGCCGGCCCCCGGCGGCCUGGCGGCGGGCCCCCAGCGCCAGGCGCUGCUCACGCUGCUGCCCUUCAUGGAGAAGGGGGUGGUGCUGACCGCCACGCAGCAGGGCGUCUACGGCAGGCGCCUCUGCCAGGGGCGGGUCUUCUGGACGGGGCCGCACGCCGCCGCGGGGCUUCGCAAGAUGGAGAGGAACGCCGAGCCGGCGAUGCUCUUCAGCAAAGACGCCUUCAGGCAACAACUUGACGCGUUCCGCUCCAACGGUGGCGCCCCCCCGCGGUGCGGCGUCACUCUGUGCUUCGGGGAGGAGUUGAGUGACGGCGAAGACCCGACGGGGAAACUCAUCAUAGUUCAGGUGGGCUUCCCGUGGGCGGAGCAGCAGCUGCUCAACGCGCGCUCCUUCUGCGAGUCCAUCGACAUCCUGCAGGCGCUCGCCAGCGAGUCUCCGCUGGGGGAAAUCACGCUGAACCUGGUCACCGUCCCUCCGGACGCCUGCGGGUUCGCCUGAGCCCACGACGGCCUCCCUUUCAAAAUAAGAGCCCAAAGGGCCGAGCGAUGAGGUCGAUCACCUUGAACGCACCAACUAUAUAAAAAAAGGGACGUCGUCAGAUUCAAGAUUUCGGCUAAAAUAAUUAAUUUUCCUCAUAUCGCUCGGCCCUGACGGUUUGCACUAAACAAAUAUAGCACUUAUGAAAAACAUUUUUAUUCAAGUCAACAUAGUACUGGAAGCACUACGCGUAGAGCGACACUGGGGGGGUUCCACUACGGACGAUCAGGCGACUGAUCGACUUUUAGGAGCUUCUCCAUCGUGACGCUCUUGGGUUUUUGUGUCGUCUCGUUCUUCCUGGAAAUAUGUGUUUCUGCUCUGAGCCAGCGGUUCCCAACCUGUGGGUGGAGACCCUCACAGGGUUGAAAGAAAAGCAACGGGAAAAUAAUUCGUCCUUUUUUCAUCAGCGGGUGAAAAGAAAAGGUUGAGAAGUGAGCAGCUGGUGAUUGUGUUUGUAUUGAAGCACAAUACGAACCGUUAAUCUCACAUACGAGAUGAAACGUCACAAACGACUCUUUAGAAGUUAUUCUUUGUUGGCUUUAGUAGUUUUAUACCUUGAUACAUUUUACAAACGUGGGUUCAAGGUCACAUUUGUGAUCAUGUCUUAGCCGUUUUUUUUUUCCACAAAAGGAAAAAUGUAAUUUUCUAUAUUAUCUAACAAGACUAAUGCAUUUAAUUAUCUACAUCAUGUCGAGUUACAAACCAUUUCAGAACAUUGUACAAAUGCUUUUAAAGCUCAUUACAUCUACCAAUAUUAAGACUGCAUAUUUCAUUAGUGAUGUAAACUACUUUUAGCUCCGUUACAACCACGAAACAUUUGGGGCUUCAAACAUUUAACAAAAAAAAAAAAAAAAAAGUAAG